AUGGAGCUCACCAUGGAGAAUCUUGGGAACCUUCACAGCGUCUCCUCGCACUCGCAGGCGGGAGACCUCAUGAGCUCUCCGCACGCGCGCCCGUCGCCGUCCCCCAGCUCCACGCACCGGAAUCUAGUCUCGCACGGUCCCAGCGCGCGGUCAGCCAUGGUCUCCAGCAUGGCUUCGAUCCUGGAGGGCUCAGCUGGGGACUACCGGACAGACCCGCCCGCGCUGUCCGGCCACCUGCACUCGUCCAUCAGCAUGUGCGAGACAGGGAUGAGCCUCAGCAACACUUACACCACUCUGACCCCCCUGCAGCAUCUACCUCCGAUAUCCACAGUCUCGGAUAAGUUCCACCACCCUCACCCCCACUCCCAUCACCACCCUGCCGCCCAUCAGCGACUUUCCGCCGGCAAUGUCAGCGGCAGCUUCACGCUCAUGCGGGAUGACCACCGGGGGCUCGCCUCCAUGGGGAAUCUGUACAGUCACUAUCCAAAAGAGAUGUCCGUGUCCGGGAUGGGACACGGCUCGCUCUCCCCGCUGUCCAACGGGCUGGGCUCUUUGCACAACUCCCAGCAGCCGCUCUCAGCCUACGGUCCGAGUGCUCACCUCUCCACCGACGCCAAGAUGCUCUCUCCGGUGUCGGGGUUUGAAUCCCAUGCUUCUAUGCUGUCCCGGAGCGACCAGGAGCACCUGGCAAGGAGUUUAGGCGGGCAUGGCCACGGCAUGAUUUCCAACCUCAACGGCAUGCACCACCACCCACACAGUCACCUCCAUUCCCAGGCUAAUGGCGCGGUGAUGCUAGGGGACCGGGAGAGGCACGGCCCCGGAGCCAGCCAGGGAGCAGCAGGAUCCGGUAUCCAGGCCGAGGAAAUCAACACAAAGGAAGUGGCUCAGAGGAUAACAGCCGAGUUAAAGCGGUACUCUAUUCCCCAGGCCAUAUUCGCCCAGAGGAUCUUGUGCCGGUCCCAGGGAACCCUCUCAGACCUGCUGCGGAACCCAAAGCCCUGGAGUAAGCUCAAGUCCGGCCGUGAGACCUUCAGAAGGAUGUGGAAGUGGCUCCAGGAGCCAGAGUUUCAGCGGAUGUCUGCUCUUCGGCUGGCCGCAUGUAAACGCAAGGAGCAGGACCAGGGUCGAGAGCGGAACCAGCUGCCAAAGAAGCAGCGACUGGUCUUCACCGACCUGCAGCGGCGCACCCUGGUAGCCAUCUUCAGAGAGAACCGCCGCCCCUCCAAGGAGAUGCAGCUCACCAUCUCCCAGCAGCUGGGCCUGGAGCUUUCCACCGUCUCCAACUUCUUCAUGAACUCACGCCGCCGCUGCCAAGACCGCUGGGCCUCUGACGAGCACGGUCAUGGCGUGCACGCCCACAGCCACGUGCACACGCCUCACGGAAACAGCAACAACAACAACAACGCCAAUGCCUCGCCGAUUCAGCCCGGUACCUCCUCUGCGACCACUUUCUCCAAGGCCUGA